AUGGGUAAUUUUCUUUCUCAGAAGACUCGAGCCAACGCUGAAUUAAUUGAAUUAUUCGAUAUUUUUGAUGGUAAUUCAUCACUAUCUUCUUCAAAAUCUACUAAUGGUGAACUCAUAUUCGAAGAUUAUGUUGUUAUAUGGUUGGAUACAAAUAUUACUGGUGAUUGGCAAGAAACUGAAAUGGAAAUACGUCCUAUUAUCAACUAUUUCAAAACAUUCGAUAAUGUAGAUGAGUGUAUCAAGUACAUAAAAAGUCUUAUCGAUGAAAAAGUCUUUCUUAUAGUAACCGGUACGUUUAUUAAACAGAUAUGUUUACGUAUAGCUGAAUUGCCAAAUUUAUUAUCGAUCUAUUUAUGGUGUUCGAAUAAAACAAAAUACGAAAAAUGGUUAAAAAAUCAUCCACAUAUUACUGGUAUUUAUUUAACAAUGGAUAGUUUAUUACCACAGUUAACUAAUGAUGUGAAAGUAUGUUUAAAUGAUCUAAUACCAUUGUCAACAAUUCAUUCAACAAUAACAGAUUUGUCUAAACAUAAUGUGUUAUUUCCCUCAUUUCAAUUCCUCAUUGAUGUAUUACUAAAAAUGCCUCCAAAAGAGUUGAAUCGAAAAUCUUUAUUGCGACAACUUCGACACUAUUACAAAGACAAUGAAAUAGAAUUAGAUAUCAUCACGGAUUUUGAAAAUGACUAUAGUUCACAAAAUGCGAUAACUUGGUAUCUACGUCAUACAUUUUUAUAUCGUCUAUUAAACAAAGCAUGUCGUACUCAAGGUGGCUUGCAUAAUGGAUGGAUGUCCAAUACACAGUGUAACCCAUUACUGAUUAAUUACAAUAUGAGUUCUUUAGUACUUGAAAGUUAG